AUGAAUUCUACCAAUUCUGGUUAUGCUUCAACACCUUUUCAUCAUUCUUCAACUACGUCGAGUACUGGUACGGCAGGCUCGUCGGUUCGACCUCAGAGAAGUACUCUUCAUCAUCAUCGUACCUUCUCAUCCUCCAGUAACCAUAGUAACAACAAUAACAACAAUACCAAUAACAAUCAUUAUUUGAACCAUCCUCAUGGAAAUCUCUUAUCCCCCACGAACUCGACCUUGAUGCUCAAUAGUAAUAACCUCAACAGUAAUAACAAUACUUCUUCUUCUCCGAUUCAUAAAGGCAAUACCAAUUUGAUUGUUCGAAGAAGCAGUAUCGUACGACAUAAAGAAAUCAACGAUUCAUCGACCAUGUUUACGGAUACUUCUCGACGACCCUCUACGAGUCGUCUUCCUUCUCUUUCACCAGCAAAGGCAUCUUCGAGUCUUAGUAAUGGUUCCACCUCGCCUCUAUCCGAGAACUCUCCAUCUCCUUUCCAUGCUUCCAUCAGCGUGAAUGGAAAUUCUAUUUUCAAUACCAAUGCACCUUCUUCGUCUUUGAUCAGCAAUAAUCAUGCCAUCUCAAACUCACCGACUCCCUCACAGACACACAAACAUCCCAAGUUUAACAGAAUGCAUUCAACUCUUGGAAUUAUACAAUUAAGGAAUCAUCCUUCUCAGCAACAAUCACGAAAUUCAAAUUCUUCACCCGUGAUGCCUCCCUCUUUUGGUUCUGAUUCAAACCAGAUGGAUCAUCAGAAUGUAAAGAACCCAUUAAGGACCACUACUUCCACCUCUGCUUUGUUAACCUCCAACCCAAAUCACGUGAAUCAUGGAAACGACCCAUUGAUUGGACCUCGAUCUAUAAUGGUUCAGAGUCCAACUUCAAAUACUCCUACUGCCUUGAAUAUUCACCCUUCCUUGCUAAUAUCUCCGGAUCUUGAUUCCUCUCCAUUCAGAAAACCAAGUUUAUGUUCAGCCAGAAAGAGAAGUACAUUCCAAGCUCCAUCGAUCGAAGAGGAACCUGAGAAUAACCGUUCUCGACGUCUUUCAUUUUCAAAUCAAUCUCAGCAACAACAGCAAUUGGAGGAUUCCUACAGAUCUGCAACACCCGUGCCCAAUGGAGAUUCAUUGAGGAGCGCAAGUCCAAUGCGUUUGGUUUCAUCUCCACUUGUCUAUCAAUCGCCAAGUAUUCCAUCCAAUUCAGCAUGUCCGUCCACAAACUUUUCCACAACAGUCACGUUUAACUCUGCUGCAGAAAGGCACAGUCCCACGAGUAAGCAAAAUCAGGAGGUGAAACGAACAACCAAUUCUUCGUUUGUCGAAAAGAUUUCUAAUGCCGUAGAAACUCAAAGGCAAAUUGAAGCUCUAAGAGAUUAUGUCAAGCUUGAUUCAUUUGCCUUUGGCUCUCAAAACGACGAAUAUAAAGAAUACUCGGCAGUAGACACUAAGAGUGAUGAACUCAUGUAUGGCAGAUAUGUGGACAUGUAUGGAGAUCAGAAAAUGUUGCUCAAUGUGCACAACAUGGUAAAGGAAUAUAUCAACACCAAAGGAUCUAGAAAGAAUGUGGAUGAUGUUAAUGCAAUUGUUAUGGAUGUUUUACGAAAAUUCAGUUCAAGAACCUUGAAAAAGAACAAGUCAGAAGCAACAAUACGUACAUUCAAUUUGAAAUAA